AUGAAAUUAAAACGAAAAAGACUCAAUCAGAAUCAAAAGUGUAACAUAUAGAAAUCUUGGUAAAAAGAAAUAGUCUUAGACAAUAAAGAAGACGUUUUGAUCUGAGUGGUAUGUUUUCAUCAUAAUAUUAACAAAUUUAGAAUAAUCAGAAAGCAUCAAUAAGGGAAACAGUUAAUUAUAUUUAAAAAUAACAGAAAUAUGCAAUAGACCUAUGUAAAAAAUUACUAUAAGUACGAAGAUGAAAAUCUGCAUCAUCCUCAUAAUUUAAAUUAAACUUUUCAUAAACACUAAGCUUAAUAAAUUUCACAUGAAAACAUUAAAUUAGCAGAUCGAUUUAUGAAAUAAGAACCUGUAUUAAAAUUGGAUGAUUAUUCUCAUUCUUACAAAGAAAAAAAAAGAUUGGUGCAAAGACUCUAAAGAUAUCAAUAAUUUCAACAAUAUGUAAAUUCAAUUAGGUACUGUUAGCAAUUAAUUUAGAAAUAAUUUGAGUUUAUCAAAUCCAGAUACAACGUAUUAUAGUUCAAUCUUGUCUAAGAAAAAAGAUAAAAUGUAGUUAUAACCAAUACUCAAGUAUUAUGCUAUUUUUAUUAUUGGUUUAAAGAAUAAAUCAAUUGAUAUCACUUAAUUGGAAAAAAUCAAUUAUUUAAUUAAUUAAGAGGAGGAAUCAAUUUUAAAGGAAUUAUAAGAAAAGUAAUAAAUAUAAGAUGACAAGAAUUAGACAAAGAUAGAAUUGCCUGAAAUCCCUCAAUUAAAAGAGGAGUCUUAGAUUGAAACUAUUAGACAAGAUGAGAUUGUGGAAAACGAAAUUUAGUAAUAGAUUGAUAAUGAAGUCAAAUACUAAAGCGAUGAUAUCGAUUAAUAAUGA